AUGCAGAAUCUUACAAAUAAACUGUCCAGUCUAUUUGGAAUAUCCAGCAAGGAAUCUGAAGAGAUGAUUAAAAACACGCUUAAAUCGGCUACACCAGAAGAAGACCUACUGGAGUUACUUGGAGACUCUUCCAUAGGAGAUAUUAUAGAGCUUCUUGAAAAGCACAAGAAAAAACCAAAGCCUUUUAUGCCUGUGCAUCAAGUAGUAAGCAUAGAGGAAACACUUGACAAAAUAUUUGCAUCAAAGAUUAAGCAGGUGUCAACAGACUACUAUGACGAGUAUAUCCUAGAGUCACCUGCACCCAGCCCACCAAUUGAAAAAGUGUCAGUUAAGGAAAUUUCUGAAGCAUAUAGAAGUGUAUUUAGCUCACAGUACAAAGAGUUCAAUCAUGUGCAGUCCUCUGUGUUUGAAAGUGUCUAUAGAGCAAAAGAGAAUACGCUUAUAUGUGCGCCAACGGGGGCAGGAAAAACAGAUAUAGCACUUCUUUCCAUUGUAAAACAGCUAGAAAGCGGGGCUUCUUCAGACAAAAACAAGAUAAUAUAUAUUGCCCCAAUGAAGGCCCUCGCAUCUGAAAUAACCAGUAAGUUUAAGCGCAGGCUUCCUGUUCAGGUCAACGAAUACACUGGAGACAUGGACUUGACACAAUCAGAGCUAGAAAAAAGCGUUGUGCUGGUGUGCACGCCUGAGAAAUACGAUGUGGCUACGCGUAAAAUAUCCUCGUUUCUCUUGCGGCACACAUCUCUUAUAAUUCUUGAUGAAAUUCACAUUCUGAACGACACAAGAGGGCCUACAAUUGAGGCCAUUGUGAGCAGGCUGAAGCUAAUAUCUGAAAGACUCCAGAAGCAGAUCCGCAUUGUUGGUAUAUCUGCAACACUCCCAAAUCCAAAGGAUAUUGCAAAGUUUCUUGCGGUAGCCAGAAAGCACCUACACGUGUUUGGGCCUGGGGAUAGGCCUGUUCCAAUUACAUACUCAGUAAUAGGCACAAGAAAAAAUGUAGAUGUGACAGCAGAUAACGUGACAAAACGGCUAGACACGCGCGAAAAGAUGAUCAAUGUUUUGAAAGAGAAAGUGGAUAAGGUGCUAGGUGAGCACCAGCAGGUGAUCGUGUUUGUGCACACCCGAGGAAACACUCUAACCAUUGCAAAUGUGCUUUCUGAAGAUGUUGAGCCAGAUGAGAUGCUGGCGCAGGAGGCAGAGAAUGCAGGGAUAGUUGGUGAGAUGAAAGAGGUUUACUCAAGACGAAUGUUUAUUCACAAUGCAGGGCUUCCCCGAAAUAUUAGAGAGUUUGCUGAGAAAGCAUUUAGAAGCAGAAAAAUAAAAGUUUUGGUGAGUACAUCUACGCUGGCGUGGGGUGUAAACUUGCCUGCGCGUGCAGUGAUUAUAUUUGGCACGGAGAUAUACAGUGCUGAAAGAGGUGGGCUCAUCAAUAUAGACAUAUUGAACAUCCAGCAGAUGUUUGGAAGAGCAGGCAGGCCGCAGUAUGACACAAUUGCAGAAGGCACACUGAUCACAGACCACAAAUCGCUUCCGAUGUAUGUUCGGAUGCUGCGGGUAGAGGACCCAAUUGAGAGUGACUUAUUGAAAACUCUGCCUGAAAAGCUGUCAUCUGAAAUAUAUUUGCGAAAUAUAAAGAACCAGGAAGAUGCAAUUCGGUGGUUUAAAACCACUUUUUUGUAUAUUCGAAUGAACAGAGUGCCUGAGAAGUAUGGAAUUACUCCUCGCCACAUUCCUGGACUCAUAUCUGACUACAUUCUUCUUUCUUUCAACCGACUGCGCGAGCUCAAACUUAUUAGAGAGUGCGAGGGCAGCCAGAUCACACUCAUUACAGACCUAGGCCGUAUAAUCAGCCAUUACUUUUUGUCAGAGGCAACUCUUGUGGAGUGGGAUGGCCUUCCAAGAGACGCGCCUGUCAUAGAAUAUCUGGCAAGAACUGACGAGUAUAAGAAUAUUUUACUGCGUAGUGACGAUAGAAAGGGCCUUGGCAUAAGAAAUGACGAAGAGGAGCUAACAAAAGAAAAAAAAGUUGAGUUGUUAAUUGCUAUGCACAUCCAGAAUAGAAACCCAAAAGGGCACUCUCUGGUGAUAGACAAGCGCUGUAUUAUGGAGAAUAUUGACAGACUUCUGAAUGGCCUGAUAGAGUACUUUCUCUACAGCCGGCAGUAUUGCAAUGCAUACAAGGCACUUUGUCUACAGAAGCAGCUGAUGAAAGGAAUCAAGACAGAGAUAAUGGAGAUAGACGUAGUAAACAAAAACGACAGACUACUUUUCAGCAAGCCCAUCUCUGGAUAUAUUGUCAUAAAGCAUAAAAACAAGCUUGUGAAAAUGCUGAAAAUUGACCAAGAGAAAGACUGUUAUAUGACACAUAACACAAAUAAGGUUAUGGGAAUCUCCAAGAUACCAGGCAAAGAGGUAUUUUUUGGCCGACUAGAGAUAACACCUGUAAGAAUGUAUUCAGAUGAUGAGCUGUGGGUGGUAGAUAGCUCCCUGUGCAAAAUUGCUGGAUACAUGAUAGAGUAUGCAGGAUGCGAAGACGCAGAUGCAGCAGAGAACAGCACAGCUGAUGACAGAAAAAUACAAUUUAAAAGGCCAGACAACAUAAUAGUAGAAGAGAUUCCAAACACAUCAUAUAAAGAGAUACAGGCAAUAACUAGGCAUCUUAUAUAUGAAAGGAUUAAGGAAGCUCAAAAAAAAAGAAGAGACCGAAUAAUAAUUGUAGUGAAAAAUGAGGCAGAUGAAGAAGAGUAUGUUGCAGAGUACCAGAAGAUGUCAUUUAUUGACAAUGUAUCUUUUGAAAAGCACCCGAACUGUUUUUCUUCUACAAAUGGAAUACAGCGUGUCAGCAAGCAGACUAAUGACUCCUGGACUAUAGGCGUAUGUGCAGUUGACAAGCUGAAGCUAGCACAUAGCAAGUACAGUGCAAACAUGUAUAUAUUCAGUGGAUUCACCAAGAACCGCAUGAUAUUACCAGAGUCCAUACUAAAAAUGAUUAAUACAAAGGUAAUAAUCUACGAAAAGCCAAAUGUUGCAGAUUACAUUAAGCUAAGGUAUAUGUAG